UCCAAGGCUCUCAUUCCGCUGCAGACUGAGGCUCACCCAGAAACAAAGCAGCGAGUGCUGACGAACUACAUGUUUCCCCAGCAACCCCGCGGUGAUGAAGAUUUCCAGUCAGACAGUGACAGUUUUAACCCUACCUUAUGGGAGGAGCAGCGACAGCAACGUAUGACCGUUGCCUUUGAAUUUGAAGACAAAAAGGAAGAGGAGGAAAAUCCAGGGAAAGUUAAGGUUGAAAUAAAUCUAAAACGUUAUCCCACUCCAUACCCGGAGGAUUUAAAGAAUAUGGUAAAAUCAGUUCAAAAUCUGGUGAGCAAAACAAGCCAUGGAGUACGGCCUGAGAACUCAACACCAACUGCCAACAGCGAACAGACCGUGAAAGAAAAGUACGAGCACAAGUGGCCCAUGGCACCAAAGGAGAUUUCAGUGGAGGUUCAAGAUAGUGAAAAUAAAGAGUCCCAAAAGAGUCACCUGUCUGAUACAGACAACACUCAUAAAUCAACUCUGGAAACCCCAGAGAGGAAGGAAAAGGAAGAGCACACAAAAAGCUCAGAGCAGGAUGCCUUUGGACAUCCUGCCAGUGAGAUGAGGAUAGGGGAACUUCGUCCUUCCAUGCCAGAGACUCCGUUGUAUCCACCCAAACUUGUUCUUCUGGGUAAAGAGAAGAAAGAAUCGACAGAUGAGUCUGAAGCAGAUAAGAUCCAUUGUCUGAAUAACAGCGUUUCCUCAGGCACUUACUCAGACUAUUCCCCUUCCCAGGCUUCCUCAGGGUCCUCCAACGCGCACGUUAAAAUGGGGUCCUUGCAGACAACGGCUAAAGAGGCAGUCAAUAACUCUCUGUGGGGGAACAGGCUGGCACAGUCAUUUCCGCAGCCCCUCGAAACAAAGCCAUUGCUGAGCCAGCGGGAAUCGGCUCCGGCGGGGAGCCUGCCGCAGCACACCGACCGGCGCCCGCUGAGCGACACCUUCGCCGACAGCUGGAACGACAGCUCGCACUACGACAACACAGGGUUCGUCGCGGAGGAGAGCACAGUGGAGAAUCCUAGUGCUAACCCCCUCCUGACCACGAAAUCUAGAAGCACAUCUGCGCACGGGCGCAGGCCGUUGAUUAGGCAGGACAGGAUAGUUGGCAUUCCCCUGGAGCUGGAGCAGCCCACGCUCAGAAACACCCACGAAUCUGAAGUGCCUCCUCCCAAUCCUUGGCAAAAUUGGACCAGAACCCCUAGUCCUUUUGAAGACAGGACAGCUUUUCCUUCCAAACUGGAAAGCACCCCCACCACCAGCCCUUUGCCUGAGCGGAAGGAUCACGACAAAGAGUCUCCGGAAAUUACGAGCACUUUCCCUCCAGGAAUCGCAUGGGAAUAUCACGAUUCAAAUGCGAACAGAAGUCUCACAAACGUCUUUUCCCAUAUCCACUGUCGCCCGGAUCCUCCCAAAACGGUCAUUUCGAUCAGCAAGAGUACGGAACGGCUUUCUCCGAUGAUGAGGGAUAUAAAAACGAACAAAUUUAAGAAGUCGCAAAGUAUCGAUGAGAUAGACAUCGGUACAUACAAAGUGUACAAUAUACCCUUAGAAAACUAUGCAUCUGGUAACGAUACUGUAGGAACCCACGAGAGGGUGGACAAGCUCCUGGGCCCGGAGCACGGCAUGCUGAGCAUGUCCCGCAGCCAGUCCGUCCCCAUGCUGGACGACGAGCUGCUGACCUACGGCAGCGUCAAGGUGCAGCCGCAGCAGAAGUCGUCCGUCACCAAGAAAGUCUACCAGUUCGCCCACAGCUUCAACCCGCAGGGAGCCGUGGAGGUCACAGCGGAGAAGAGGCUACCGCCGCCUUUCCAGCUCAACCCCGAGUACAUUCCCCAGCAGAGUAAAAACCUGCCCCAGGAUCUGGUCAGCCCUAGGGCUUACCGUGGCUAUCCCCCCGUGGAGCAGAUGUUCUCCUUCUCCCAGCCCUCGGUGAAUGACGAGGUCAUCGGUACCCCCUUUGCCAGCCAGGGGGCUCGGCCGGGGUUCUUGAGGAGGGCGGACUCGUUGGUCAGCUCCACCGAGAUGUCCAUGUUUAGGAGAGUCAGCGAGCCCCACGAGCUGCCCCUGAGCGAUAGGUACGGCCGGCCUCCCUACCGAGGAGCGGUGGAGCGCCAAAGCAGCAUCUCGGUCUCCGAGUCUCAGUUCCUCAAGAGAAACGGCAGGGACGAGGACGAGCAUCCUUCCUACCAAGAAGUGAAAGCUCAGACUGGAAGCUUUCCAGUUAAAAACCUUACGCAAAGGAGGCCGUUGUCUGCAAGAAGCUACAGUACAGAGAGUUACGGCACAUCCCAAACGCGGCCGGUCUCAGCCAGGCCAACAAUGGCAGCGCUGCUGGAAAAGAUACCGUCAGACUAUAACUUGGGUAACUAUGGCGACAAGCCUUCCGAUAACAGUGAUAUAAAGACAAGGCCCACCCCUGUGAAGGGAAGUGAGAGCUGUGCUAAAAUGCCCGCUGACUGGAGACAACAGCUACUUAGACAUAUAGAAGCUAGAAGGUUAGACAGGACCCCGUCGCAGCAGAGCAGCAUUCUGGACAACGGGCAGGAGGAGGUGUCUGUGAGCAGCCAGUGGAACCCCUACCCGCUGGGGCGGCGGGACGUGCCCCCCGACACCGUCGCCAAGAAGGCAGGUAGCCACAUCCAGACCCUAAUGGGAUCCCAAAGCCUGCAGCACCGCAGCCGCGAGCAGCAGUACGAGGGCAGCAUGAACAAAGUCACCGUUCAGCAGUACCAGCCGCCGCUGCCUAUCCAGAUCCCCUCCUCGCAGGGCUCUCGGGUGCCUCAGCCAGGGCGAUGCUUGAUCCAGACCAAGGGCCAGAGGAGCACGGAUACCUAUCAGGAGCAGUUUUGUGUAAGAAUAGAGAAGAAUCCCGGCCUCGGUUUUAGUAUCAGUGGUGGAAUAAGUGGACAAGGAAAUCCAUUCAAACCUUCUGACAAG